AUGGCACUACAGAUCAACUCUACGGAAGUCCUCGGAGCAAGACUGCUAAGGGAAGUAGCGGCAGAAGAAGGGAGCUUGGAAGACCUCCUCAAAGACCUCCGUACACACUCAAACCACGUCCGUCCCUCGCGAACCGGCAUCCCAGUCCUCGAUGACCUCUGGAAGCAACAUGGCGGCAACCUAUCCAUCACCGGGCGCGGCUUCCCUUUGAUCUAUUCCAUGAUAAGUCAUCUGGUGAGAGAUUUAGAGGGGACUGUGGCAGUGCUUGAUCUCGAUGGACGGUUCUCGCCAAGUCAUUUGAUGGGGAUGGGGUUGUCGAUGGGGGAUUUGGGGCAUGUUCAUGUGUUCAGGUGCUCGAAGGAGAGGUUGAAGGUAACGUUACAAGGGUUAGAGAACUAUAUGCUCUGGGGGAAACAUGGUAGUAAAGGACGGGAAUGGAUGGGUACUUUUGUGCUUGGUGGAGUGGGAGGGGAUGUUAUGGUUGGAUGGAGGGGGUGGCUUGGUGUUGAGAGGGUAACGGUGGGUGCGUUUGGGGAGGGGAUUAGUGUUGAGGAGGCUUGGGGGGAGAGGGAGAGGAGGCAGGAGGUUGUGGAUGGGAAGGGGUGGAGGGGGUUUUGUGAGAUGGAAGAGUUUAGAUGGGGGUAG